AUGUAUUGCAUUAAUAUUUAUUUAAUGUUUAAGUUGAACGAAUACGCGGAAAAUAUGGAGGCGAUUUCCAGAUCAUUUGAAGAAAGAGUGAGGGUCAAACUUAACGAAGAGAAGAAGAGCGCUGGGACCUAUGGUUAUAAUCAUUUUAAAAUACCAAAUUAUUUUAAAGACUUUGGCCGUCGAUUUGUUCUACAAUAUCCGUAUACCGAAAAAAAAGGUCCAGUUAUAAAUAUUACGGACGAAGACAAUUUAGACAAGACUGUAAAGGAAUUCCUAUUGGAGAACGACUUAUACGAACAAUCGAUCACUCCAGUACAGGCACCGUCUCAUAUAGUAUUAGAAGUGGCUAGGCAAUCAGCGUUACUCGAAGCUGCGACUCCAAUAAAUCCUUCUGAUGAUGUCAUCCACAGAAAUAUACUUCGAACUGGUGAUUAUUGGAACGAUGUUGUCGAAGAGCCUGUGAAUACAGAUUUAUUUUUACGAUCUAAACCUCCAACAAAGAUUAAUUCAUUACAUCUACGAUUUCAACCAGGAUCUAAUUUGUACGACCUUGUUACCGAGUUAAAAAAGAUCUCACCACGAUUGUUGUAUGUAAUAAAUGAUGAUUCUGAAUAA